AUGGGAAUGGCACCACGAUCACUUCAUGAUUCCUACGUGAAGUAUUAUCUUCAUAAAAUUGAACAACUCUGUCUUCGAAUGCACAGUAACACGGCCUUUGUUAAUGUUCAACCGUUUACUCGACUUCUGCUUCAUUCUGCAAGUGAAUGCCGUCGAAGAUGUGUAGAUUUAUAUCCUAAAUGUGUUGCUGUAAUGUUUUAUUAUUUGCACGAAAGAAACGAGAAUCACGUUUGCUACUUAUUUGAUAAGAAUAGUAUAGAUCAAGAUGUAGCUCUUGUAGAAGAAAAACCGAUGAAAGAAUUGGAUGUGAUCAGAGCGCUUGAAAUUGUGGUUGAUUGCCAUCAGUUUGAUCCCUACCCACCACUGCUCACUAACUUUACCACUUCAACCGAUCAAGUAUCAAAGAAAAAGAGAGAUGUUGGAUAUAUGAGACCAGUUGAGGCAACAGGUAGCUGGUCAACGUGGUCAGAAUGCUCCCCGCAAUCAAGGCGUCAAGUCCGCUCGCAACCUUGCGAAUAUGGUCGCAACAUUCAGCUUCGUACUUGUCACAGCAGAAAUUUGCAACAAACAACUCUUAAUUUUAAUGAUCAAAGGAUAGAAACGAUGUUUCAUCAACUAUCAGAGAUAUCGUACCCACCACAUCCGUACAAACAUCCUAGCCCUACUGCUGAGGAAUACAUGAGAAUCAUGAGUCUGCACAAGGAACAGAUGGCACGAUCUUGUUGCUACUGGCUAGAUUACUUUCGUCAGCAGUGUUUAAUGGUGAAAAUUGAUCAACGAGCACAGAGUCAGUGUAAUGAAAUCAUGGAUAGUUGUCCUAAACCAUGUCCCGUUCCAUCUGUAUGGUCACAAUGGUCACAAUGGACAAGUUGCUCAACGAGUUGUGGAGUUGGGAGUAUGCAGCGAUACCGUACCUGCGUAGCGGGACAAUGUGAAAAUGACCACAUCGAGUGGGGAGUUUGCGAUCAGAACGUUCUUUGCGUUGCUACUUGGGCUGAGUGGAGUGAAUGGAGUAGUUGUCAUGCAACAUGUGGUAAAAGCAAGAAAUCUCGCUCUCGAUACUGUCCUCUUGGCAGGGGUCAUUGUGGUGAUUUCGAUCAUGAGGUAGCUGACUGUGAACUUAUUCCAUGUCCUGAAUGGACUGAAUGGGAGUCUUGGUCACACUGUUCAGUUACUUGUGGAAAAGGUACCAGACAACGUUCGCGGAUAUGCAACGCCAUUGAUUGCAUCGGUGAAGAUUAUGAAGAAUCAGAAUGUCAGCAAGAAGCAUGUAGUGAAUGGUCAGGAUGGCUAGAAUGGUCACCUUGUUCGGUUUCUUGUGGACAAGGUAUAAAUACUCGAGAACGUGUUUGUCUGGGACAUAAUUGCUUGGGCCAAAACAUUGAGCAAACUAUAUGCAUGGAACAGGCAUGUCCGACUUGGCAGGAGUGGAGUGAUUGGUCUUCAUGCUCAGCAACCUGUGAUUAUGGAAUAUCAACUCGAACACGUUCUUGUGACGGUAGUUUCUGUACCGGAAAACGGACAGAAGUCAUGCGGUGUCAAGAUAGGACAUGUCCAAGCUGGGCACAAUGGUCAGAAUGCUCAGUAACGUGUGGUAGCGGUUUCCAACGACGACAGCAAAUCUGCCCUGGUGGUUAUUGUGUAGGCGACAGUGAGGAGACACGAUAUUGUGAAACUGGAAUAAGUUGUGUACAGUGGAGUACUUGGACAAGUUGGUCCACGUGCAGCGAAACUUGUGGAUUAGGUGAACGCACACGUCAUCGGCUUUGUGUUAACGGAAAUGGAUUAUCUGAUGAUUGUAAAGGAGACAAAACUGAAUCAGCAAAAUGUCUUGAUCAAUCAUGCUGUCAGUGGACUGAAUGGAACAACUGGACACCUUGCAGUCACAACUGUGAAAGAGGACUUAGCUCAAGAACGAGAAUGUGCUUAAGACUUGGUCAAAGAACAGAUGAUUUAACAUGUUCUGACCAGUGUCCAGGUGAUGGACGUGAGGAUGUCAAGUGCAAUGAGAAUGUACCUUGUAAAACUCAUAUUAAUUUAGCUUCUGAAAUUAAACCACAAGUUGAGUGCAUAUCAUGUAAAACACCCGCACAUUCAUUUCCUACUAUCAAACCAUCAACUGAUGCCACAUCGUACGAAAGCCGUACUUAUCCGAUUUCUAGCAGUAAACCUGCUUGUGCUGAAACUUCUACUGAACAAACGAUUACACCACUAAUUUAUUCGCCUUCUCAAGGAAGAUCAGAUCAAAUUAUAUUACCGCCUCAGGUUCUUUGUUCACAAGUACCUAGGGGUGUAUUAGAUGCAACCACCGCCGUUGGGUGUCAUUGGUCUGAAUGGAAUCAAUGGACAACAUGUUUAACUAUCUGUGUGCGCAAUGUCAAGCGUCGAUUCAGAAGUUGCAUUGGUACAGAUACUUGUUCUUGUCAUGGUAGCGAAUUUGAAAGAGCGGACUGCAUGCUUCCGACUGCAUGUAAAUCCAAGUAA